UUUAAGAAACCAAUGUAAUAGUUUUUUUUUUUUUUUUCUUUUCAUAGGCAUAAAUAAUUCCCGCAGAAUCAAUCGACUGCGAAGCAUCAUUACUCUUUUGAAGGAGUAAACAAGUUUAGUGUUGCAUUUGUGUUUGUGUUAUGUUGGGAAAACAUGAAUACUCUUAUUCUUACAAAUGCAGAAAUUCACCCAAUUUUGAAACAAAAGGCCAAAGGCUGAGAUUAAUGUCGGCUUCGAGUUUUGCCUCCAGAUAUGUCAAGGCAAGCCGAAGAAGCCUUGCUUUACUGGACCGAUGCCUCACGAUGUCUCAAAUCAAGCAAAUGCAGUCCCAUCUCAUCGUCUCAGCCACUCUUUUGGACCCUUAUGCUGCCGGCAGAAUCAUUUCCUUCUGUGCCGUCUCCGCCGACGCCGAUCUCUCUCACGCUUACAAUCUCUUUCUUUCUCUUGAACAUCGAACCACCUUCAUUUGGAACACUAUCAUAAGAGCUUUUGUGGAGAGAAACGCAAAUGCCACCGCCAUUUCUCUAUACAAAAACAUGCUUCAGAGUGGGUUCCUGCCCAACAACUACACCUUUUCUUUCGUUCUUCGAGCCUGCACUACGUAUUCUUCUACGGCUUUAGCUUCUCAUGCUUUAGUGAUUAAGUUGGGUUGGGAAUCUUAUGAUUUUGUACUAAACGGAUUGAUCCAUUUGUACGCUAAUUUGAGCUUAAUGGACGCAGCUCGUAAACUAUUUAAUGUGAGUACUAACAGAGAUGUCAUUACGUGGACCUCUUUGAUAAAUGGGUACCUAAAAUCUGGCCAUGCUGAGUUUGCAAGGGAACUGUUUGAUCAAAUGCCUGCAAGGAAUGCAGUUUCUUGGAGUGCUAUGAUUACUGGGUACGUGCAAAUGGGGAUGUUUAGAGAGGCUUUGGGACUCUUUAAUGAUAUGCAGCUCUCUGGACUUCGCCCGAAUCAUGCUGGGAUCGUGGGAGCUCUCACUGCUUGUGCAUUUCUUGGCGCUUUGGAUCACGGAAGGUGGAUACAUGCAUAUGUAGAUAGAAAUGGAAUGGAGUUAGACAGAGUUUUAGGCACUGCCCUUGUUGACAUGUAUGCAAAGUGUGGCUGCAUUGAGAUGGCCUGUUCAGUAUUUUAUAUGAUGCCAUAUAAGGAUGUUUUUGCAUUUACCUCUUUGAUUUCGGGCCUAGCAAAUCAUGAUCAAAGUGUGAGAGCGAUUGAGUUGUUUGCAAGGAUGCAAAGGGAAGGAGUUGUCCCUAAUGAAGUUACUUUUAUAUGCGUCCUAAGUGCUUGCAGUCGAAUGGGAUUGGUGGAUGAAGGGUUAAGAAUAUUCAAUUGCAUGAGUAAGGUUUAUGGUAUUGAGCCAGGUGUACAGCACUAUGGUUGUUUGGUAGAUCUGUUGGGUAAAGCCGGACUGCUUGAAGAGGCAAAUAAAUUAGUGAAACAGAUGCCUAUGGAACCUGACUCCUACGUGUUGGGUGCAUUACUCAAUUCUUGUAGAAUGCGUGGUGAUGUUGAGUUGGGGAAAGAGACAGUUGAGAGCUUGGUUGAGCGAGGUCUUGACCAUGGUGGUGUUCAUGUCCUUCUAUCAAACAUGUUUGCCUCUUCUAACCAAUGGGAUUGGGUAGUGAAGGUGAGGAAGGAAAUGGGAGAAAAGAAGGUCAGAAAGGUACCAGGCUGUAGUUUGAUUGAAAUUGAUGGCAGGUUGUGUGAAUUCAUUGUGGGAGAUAGGUCUUAUUUGCUUAUGGAGGAGGUCAUGCUGAUUUUGUUAGGGAUUGAUAAUCACUUGAAAUUCCUUUGGCUUGAUGAUGACAGUACUAAUUGUAGUAUGACCAGCUAUUAAGUUGUAUCCAAGGGGCAGUGUGCAUGGUACUGCCAUGAGGCUGGGAUGCAUGGGAAAUCAAGCCUUGUAUCACAUGGUAAACCAUCAAGGUUGUAUUUUUGUGGAGAGUGGUGUUUUCAUUACGAUGCUGAAUCAGGAUGGGUAGAUUGCAAGUACAAAUAACUUAUCAAAUUGCAUGGAUGCAGUCUUGUACCUUAUCAAUUUGCAUUAUAUAUGUCAUGUGUACUCAUUAAAUGGGAUUUUACGGAGACAAGUUAAAAGUAUUUCACGCAAUCAUGCCAUUUGCAACUUCUACUGUUGUGGACUUGAGAAGGCUUACAUCGUAAAGAACGUGUGAUCCCAGUUCAAUGGCGUAUUUGACACUGAGUGGAUCAAAUAACAAGGCCUUUGAGUUACUUGACAACAAAUGGUACCCAGACUGCUUUUACUACCACCAACCAAACAACAACAUCUAAAACAUUAAAAGGAAACCCAAUGUAAGCCUCCCCUUGCUGGACCUGCAGAUAAUGGUUUUGUGGGUCAGUAAUUACAAUUUAUUGAUGUGGGACAAGAAUAUAUUUAUUGAAGGAUAUUUUAGAGAUUUGCUUUUACUUAUUUUAUCUAUUUUUUGGAUUUAAUUGUAAUUUUAGUAUUUGGGAAACCUUUAGGUAGGGAUGUAAACGGGUAGAGUACCGGUUUUUUUGAGGGACCCUACCCCAAAUCUGUUUAAUUAGGAAGGUACCUUCCAUUAUGAUUUUGGCGAUUUAGCAGUAAAUUUGCAAUUACUUAUCACAAAAAAAAAAAAAGAAGAAAAAUACAUGAACUCUAUUAAAACCCAAAUAAAAUCAUAAAACAUUAUCCAAAACCAAAUCCUAACAGUGUAGCACUAUUCGCUAAUUACCCGAAUCCGUUAAAUACCCGAUUAAAUAACUCAAACAACUUAAAUAACUAAAAAUCAUAGUAAAGUUAAUUUUUUGUUUAUUAGUUUACCAAAAAAGAAAGUUGGUUAAGAUUGAAAGUUUGCGUUGAAGGUAAUGGGAUAAAGAUUUGAAUUGCACAACUUACAAAUAUUUGAAACAUUAUAUAUAAUAUUACGAUAUAUAUAUAUAUAUAUAUAUGUAUGUAUAUAUGUAUGUAUAAUUGGGUUCGGCAUAAGGGUAUCCUAAGGGUGGUACUUGAAACCUACCCGAACCUGAGUUGACUAUUAAAAGCCUUCGUUUACAUCCUUACCAUUAAGGCAUCUAAGGUUAAAUUUGGUAUUUCAAAUUUAUUUUAGCUAUAGAAAGUAGGAAUAUAAAUACUUAUGUUAUUUUCAGUUUUGGUUGCUUUAGGCAUAAGCAAAGUACAUAAUUAUUUUGAUUUACAAAUAACUAUUUUAGGUUUAGGUGAGCUUUAAUCAAAUAACUAUUUUUGAUUUGGUAAAAUGAACUUCAAGCAUGUUCUGUAGUGUCAAGUGCCUUGUAAUGCAGUGGUUUCAAUUGAAGUUUAUGCUAAUAUGCCUUGUUUCAAAGUUUUGAGCUUUGGGGUAAUGAUUUUGGACUUGAAACUGCAGAAGUUUAGGUGAAGUAUUGAUACGCUUGAAUGGGGUAUCAAUACUUGUUCUUCGAAAGGGCUCCAAGGGACAUUGUGGACCAGAAGUAUUGAUACCAUAGGGAAGGUGGUUAUACUUUUAGGCCAGAAAGGUCAGGGAGAAUAUUUUGUUCUACAGGUAUCAAUACCUGUUGCAAAGCUCACGUUUUGGUUCAGAUUUGGAGAUAUCUGGAUUGUAGCUUGAGAUGUCCUACCCAUAUCCAUCAUUGGUAGGUUCAUUACCAUGGCAGUCAGUAGUCGUCUCCACACCCAGUUUCACUCUGCUAUCCAGUCCAUUACUCAUUUUGUUUGUUUGUUGUCUAGCAACAAUACUAAUAUAGCCACGACUUGGCAAAUGUUAUAUGAUUUAUGAGGAUAAUGUGAGCACAUAAAGUACAACAUAUUUUUGAGAUGGAAUGCAUGGAUGGUAUUGAGCUUAUAGUGACCAAUUCAUGACCCAUGGAAUUUGAAACCAGU